GGGCCGUUGUCUUUCUUUGCUUUGAGAGGAUUAGGAAUAAUGUGACAAAGGCAAUUUGGAAGGAGAACAAGGAAGCUCUGUCUGCUGUGAGGGGAAAAAAGCGAAACCCCUUUGUCUCUAAAUCUUCCCUCCUUUGCGGCUUCUCUCUCUUCGUGCAUAUAAAGUGGAUUUCUAAUGGCAGGUUCAUUAGUUAACUGGUCAGGUCAGGGUUUACAGAAGUUGGGACCCACUUUAUCCUGUGAUGCUGAUGCACAUACUUUGGUUCUGGAUAAAAACCAGCUAAUUAAAUUGGAGCACCUGGAGAAUUUCAGGAACCUGCUACAGCUAUCAGUAGCCAGCAAUCGGCUGGUGAGGAUGAAUGGUGUAUCCAAGCUGACUCAGCUUCGUAUAUUAAAUUUGCCAAAUAACAGUAUUGGUUAUGUAGAGGGAUUGAAGGAUCUCAUGCAUUUGGAAUGGCUAAACCUGGCAGGAAAUAAUUUAAAGACUAUAGAUCAGAUCAAUUGCUGCACAUCUCUUCAACACCUUGACCUAUCAGACAACAAUAUAUCCCAAAUAGGAGACAUCUCUAAGCUCUUGUCUCUAAAGACUCUGUUGCUGCAUGGAAAUAUUAUAACAACAUUACGGAUGGCACCUUCUUGCUUGCCACAGAGUCUAGCUAUUCUGUCCUUGGCAGAAAAUGAAAUCAGAGACUUAAAUGAGAUUUCUUUCUUGGCUUCUCUCCCUGAACUAGAACAAUUAUCAAUUAUGAACAAUCCCUGUGUGAUGGCCACACCUUCUAUUCCAGGGUUUGAUUAUCGACCGUAUAUUGUCAGUUGGUGUCUUAGUCUUAAAGUCCUUGAUGGCUAUGUGAUUUCUCAGAAGGAGAGCUUGAAAGCAGAAUGGCUUUACAGUCAGGGAAAGGGAAGAUCAUUUAGGCCAAGCCAGCACAUUCAGUUAGUACAGUAUCUGGCCAGUGUGUGUCCCCUUACUACUAUGUUUGGGCUCCAAACUGCUGAGGAUGCCAAACUGGAAAAAAUAUUACAUAAACAACGGUUGCACCAGAAGCAACUCAUGUACCAAAGUCAAGCUGAAGAUCCAUCUGUAUAUUCAUCUCUGCAGAAAGGGCUGCCUGCUAGUAGUGAGCCAAACAGUCCUGUCCACAGGCCACAAAUAAUGAUUGAAAGUGAACCUGUUAUCAAGAAGAAUACUUGGGUUGCAAUAAAGUCCAAUGAUGACCAUUCCUAUGCAGUCAAGAAUGUGUCUCCAGCCUCAGUGCAGGCUGAAGGAAGUACUUGUGAGGAUUUUUAUCUGGAUGACAUACAAACUGAUGAAGACAAAUUGAACAGUAGUCUUCUGUCCUCUGAAUCAACUUUUAUGCCAGUUGCUUCAGGACAAUCUCCCGUGUCUCCUAGUAUUGGAGAGCUGAGGCUUCAAGGAAUAGAUGCUGAUAUGGAGGACUUAGGGGCUGCCGAUCUGGAGAUUAAUAAACAAGAUAAAGGAAAAGAUAAGACCUCUAUGGUUCAUGGAGAGUAUGCCAUCAAAUCAGCAAACAUUAUAAAAACUCAAAAAGAAGAUCAAGACAAGGACACAUUGUCCACUUCUAGUUUAUCAGUAGCCACUGUCACUCUACCUGCUGUCAUUAGCAGUUGUCAAGCACCUUCUGAAGACCAUCUGGAGCUGAAUGGCCUCAAGCAAUCGAGUGCAACUGAAGAGAACUUAGUCAAAACUGUCACCUCUGCCAAACCUCUAGAAGAUGCAUCUACUAACCCUCCUGAUGUAUCUACAUUAAUUAAAGGGGAAGGUGUGCUUGAAGAAAUGAACAGAGCAGCCAUCAAGCUUCAAGCCUGUUGGAGAGGAUUUUAUACAAGGAACUAUAAUCUCAAAGCCAAGGAGGCGCGCUAUGAGAUUAGACUCCGCAGAAUGCAGGAGCAUAUUAUACAUUUAACAGAAGAAAUCAACCAAUUAAGGAAAGAAAAGGAUGAAGAGAAGCUUCAAAGACUUGUGCAAGAAGAAGCUGUUAAAUUUCUUUGGAACCAGGUUAGAUCUAUCCAGGAGUGGCAGCUUUCAGUAAACCCACAUCUGAAUGCUCUCUGGCAAUGUAACAUUCCAAAAUCAAAUAUUUUGAAUCCCUCCAAGCUACCCAUGGACUCUUCGGAACUCAAUCAAAGGUCUUCUCCUGUUGAUAGUUCAAUGUGGCUGGUUUCAGAUGCUAAGGCUGGUCAUCCGAAAUAUACACCACAGUUUCCUGACUCGGGCUUCCAUUCCUGUGUGACAGACCAGAAUUGCCUUAAUGAAUCACAAUGCCCUGAAGAAAAAUGGGGGAAAGUAGAAGAAAGCUCCCUGGUGAAUUCUUUGGAAACAAUCAUACCAAAUGAAGAUGACCUUCCAAGAUGUCCAUCAGAAACUGAGGCGAUCUAUAAGGAAUGCAGUGAAGUGAGCUUCAGUAGUGAUCAGGACAAUAGUCUUCUCCAACAGUAUUUAAAGUCUGUUGAGCAAUUAGAUAUGGCUGAUGACAAAACAAGUGAAGCAGAAAAUAGCAGGCCUACCACAGCUCUUUCGUCAGAAGACCCGAACAUUGGAUGUAGUGCUGGGUUGGGCUCUCAAGGAGUGCUUGCAUCAACACAAGAUGGAAUUGACCAUUCUUCAGAAAUCAGCCAUUUGAAAAACAAUGAGGCAGAAGGAAAACAGACAGAUUGUGACACUUCAUUCCAAGCAUUUGCAGUUAGCAUAUCUGUGUAGCAGAUCCACACUUUUUGUUAUUUAUACACAUUUUCUAUACUUUGGGGAAGGAGGAAAUGAGGGACAGUUAAAACAAAUUUGAUUGUGAAGUACUUUGCUAAUCCUAAUCUCUAACACUGUGUUAAACUGUAACAGAUAUGUUUCACUAUGAUUAAUUCAGUGCACUUACUUUUUUAAUGUGAUUUGAACAAUGACAGGUUUCUAAGAAAUAUAAUUUAAAAGAUUGACUCCUUUUCAUAUUAUCUUAGUUGAACUAAGCAGUUAUCCCCCCCCAAAGAAAGAUGAAUAAUACAUUCUUACUAUGAUACUCAUUUUAAUAAACUAUAGGAAUAAAACAAAAUAAUGAAUACUUGUAAUAUGAGACAUAUAGGAAGACAAGGCAUUCACAAUUAAUGAUAGGUCUUGACCAACAGUUCAAAAAUAUAAUCUUCAACUCAGGAACUAAGCCAUAUCUUACUUUAUGUUCUCUUUCUGUUGCAUGUAUGCAGUAAGUGGGAGUUUAAUUUUAGGCCCUCCUGUGAAUACCAAAAUCUGGGGUGCUUAAGCUCCAUUAUAUACAGUGCCAUAGUAAAAUGGUGUCUCUUUUAUAAAAUAGAAAAAGGUGUCCUUUUUGGAUUUAAAAAAAAAUGAUUUUGAAACUAUGGAUGGUUAAAUCCGUAGCUGCAGGAUCCUCAGAUAGAGACCAACUAUAUAUUAGAACUUGGAAUAUUACAUUUCAAAAGUCACUCGUUACUUUACUCAUUGCUCUGAUCAGGCAAUACAUCAUUACUGUUAAACUGCAGUCCAGAAAGGUAACUCAUUUAUAUAUGAGUUUGCCAUAGUAUAUAGGCAAAUUCACUCUGGUUCCCCAAAGUGGCCAAAUCAGAUAGUAUUAUCUUGGAAAUUCUGAGAAAAAUGCAUGCACAAUGAAGCAAUCCUUCCUAGUUGCAGCAUGAAGCAGAUACUUUUUCUCCUUCUCCCAUUGCUCAGAUUGAAUAAGGCAUAUCAAUCAAGUCAUGAAUAACAAGCAGCAAACUUGUUCCAUUCUACUGAAUAGUAGUGAAUUACAACUACAGCCACGACAAGUAACUAAUUGCCAAUGUGACACAAGAACAAAUGGCUUAUGUCCUAGCUCUGGUACAUUUCAUUUUUUAAUACAAGAUUUGCUUACUUGUAUAUAUCUUAUUCGUACACAAAUUAUGCUUUUUGAGAACUCAGGGAAAGUGUUCUCUAAAGGUGAUGGAUGCAGUGGGAGAUUUUAAGGGCUAAAGAGGAAGAAAGUAAUCCUCUAGCACUACAUUCCAGUGUUUUCUAAGUGAGGGUUGCUGGUAGAAUUAUUUUUAUUAUUUUAUGUCAGUCAUAUGGGUGGGUGCGCCUUUUAGCUAUGUAUAGUGUGCUGUAUUUAUUUGGCAACUGAACCGUAAGAAAGAUGGGCUGAAUAUAGAUAAAGAAAUUGCUUUGGUAGAUGUCCUUGUCAGUAGGAAGGCAACAGGGCUGUGAUUGGAGCUGAUUGCUACAAAAGAACAAUUCCUUAUUAGAAAAACCAUCUUUACUGCAUUACAGAGACCUUUGGGUCUUGAACGUUCCCAAGAGGUGGCAUGCAGACUGUUUUUCUCUUUAGAAAAUUGCCAGAAUUGCCAUAUGGCAUUUUGCUGUAAUCAUGGAAAGAGGCAUUUUGUCAAAGUGCUCAUCACUUCAACUUGAACCUUCAGGUGUACUACUGUUGUAUUUUGGAAUUCAAGGUUUUAUUCUGUGAUCUUGUAUUAGAAAAACAAAGAUGAAUGUGAGAAAGCUCAGUUGGUGAUUUGCUUAGAGGGUCUUUAACCCUUAUCUCAGCUGCGUUGGUUCAAGAAAGCCCAUUGUGUUUUCAUAUUGCAUCAAUAUUUCACUCAUUCUUCCCUCAUUUUAAAAUGUCUUGGCAUUAUGAGAAUUGCUUUCAUAGUAUGUGUAGAUUAUAAUCCAUUUCCAGUUCCAAAUAUGAAAUUAAUCUCUGUACAUAAAAGCAGAACCACAUAAAUCCAUUAUGUUGAUAAGAAAUUAACUGAAUAAAUGACUACUCUAUGCUAUAGAGAGAUGGCUGAGCACAAAGCUUUUACAGUGGGAAAGUUACUUCAAGAGUGUGCUUGAAUUUCAUCCUUCAGAAUUGAUAGGCGUUAAAUACGAUUGACAUUUUUAAAAAUUCUAUACAAUUAUCUUUAUAAAAUAAAAUGUCUGUUUCUUUUCAUGAAAAACAAAGGGAUUAAACACAUCUGCCUUCCAGUCAACUUAAUAAAACUUGUCUUCAAUUUCCACAGAAAUCGAAUGAGAGUUGAAAGAGCCAGCAUUUUAGAUGGUUGGACAGUUGCAGAGAGCAGACAGGUGGAGUAAAAAUAUUGACAGAACAUUGAAAUAAAACCAGAAUGAAAAACUAGAUAGUGUAGCAAUUUUAAUACAUCCCCAGGAAGUCAAAAGGUCUUUGUAAGUACCAUAAUGAUUCUACAGAAAAGCCACAUUUACAAGUAAGCUUCAGGAUUUCCAUAGUUUUUAUUUAUGGCAAUGGAGCUUGAGCUUGAAAAGUCAUGCACAAAGGUUUUUCCUUACAAAUUAAUAUUACUUAAUACAAGGGUGUGGGUUUGUUUUUGUUUUUUUGCUAUCAUGCUUAUAUCUGCAUGUGUGAAGAUAUACACAAUAUAAAAUAUGAAUAUAUACUCUUCCCAGUUUUGGCAUACUAAACAGUUCCGUUUGGUAUGCUUUGCUUUGCUUGUAGGCAUCAGUUACAGGAUAUUGGUUACCUUCUACAGAUCUACCUGUAACUCAUAUGAGUAUAUGUAAACAUGCAGGAAAAAGUUGUAGCGUAAAUAUUAAGAAUAAGCUUGGGAAAGGAAGAGUUAAUUGCAAGAGUAUUCAAGUAUUAGCCCAGCAAACAACUCAAAUAGUUCCUUUUGAACUGUCACUGAAUUCAUAAAAUGUGUGGGUGUAUAUGUAUGUGUGACAAAGAAAGAGAGAGCUUCGUAUCCUCUGCUUUCUUUUUGCCAGUGGAGGCCAAAGGAACAGUAAGAAGUAUGAAAACUUUUUUCAGGCAUUUGAUUUACUGUUUCCUGUGGGCUACAUGCAACAUAGUUAGACCAUAAAUGUAGUACAAUCCACAAAUCCACAAGUGAUAUCCUAGACUGGGUUGAUAUGCAAAACCACAAAUAAUAGUGAACCCUACUGAAAUUAAGCCCUAAAAUACCAGAGUCUUGCUGGAGGGCCUAAAAAAUGUUGAGAGAGACUGUAUCUUGGCAAAGAGAUUAAAUGAAGCCAUGGCUACCAGUCCCAUCGAUAAGGGGAUCAUACUCUAGUUCUUGUUAGUCACAGCUAUGUCCUAUUGAGUCUAGGAUCCCAUGGCAUUUAAUUUUGCUUGUUUGGGAAUGAUCUGCUACGGUAGUUCUCGCCAAUCUCCAUGAAACUGCUGGAGGGGACAGCAAGAAGUUAUGAUCAUUGAAGCGGUGCUAUAUAGAACUCCUAGUUUUAUGCUACUGAGGCAUAAAACUCAUAUGCCUUGUUUCUCAUAACGCCUCCCUCCCCCCCCCCCCCCCCUCACACACACACUUUAUAACAAGGCCACUUAUGCAAAAUGCUGGUUUUUUUUUUUUUAAAGUGCAUUAAAAUUUAUAUUUUCCUGUUAAACACCCUUGAGCAUUGGACUACCAACUCUGGAGACUAGAGUUCAAAUCCCUGCUCAGCCAUAAACCCACUGGGUGACCUUGGGUAAGUCACUUUCUCAACCUCAGAGGAAAGCAGAGGAAACCACUGAACAAAUCUUGCCAAGAAAUUUUUCAUAGGGUCACCAUAUAACAAACAAUUUGGAAGGCUCAGAACAAGCAGCCUCCUUAUAACUGUGUGCAUUUUCAAGUGAUUUAAUUAAGGUUCUCUAGCAUUUGCUUCAUUUAUGCAUUAUAUUUAAACUCCAGCCAUAACUAUCUAGAUACUUAUUAAAAUCAAAUAGAUUCUGCAUUUUUUGUAAAUGUUUUAGGACUGCAUUUUCAUCUUUGCCCUCAAUUUUCAAUUCUUUUUAAAAAAAGAAGCUAAGAAUAUUAUAUAUUGGUAAUAAUAACAUGAUCAGAAUUGAAAAGUUGAGCAAGUCCUGUGAAAGGUCUUCAGAGCUUUCAGAAUGACAUAGUGCUUAAGACUAUGUCUUUUUCAUAUAAAAAAGCAACACAGGAGGGCCUAAGAGAAAUACGUACAUUUGUGUCCAUGAACGGCUGUUACCAUUAUGAAAAAAGGCAAUAUAAUUUGUUUCAGUUUGCUCAGUCAGGAACAAAUGUAAGUAUUAUUCACUUUAAACUGAAAGUGUAAUAUGAAUUUUAUAACAUUUUUUUACAAAAAGAAAAUGGCCUGCAUGCUAUAGAUCUUGAAAAUUUGCAAUUCUGAUUAACUUGUAUUGAUGUAACAGAAUAAACACUUUUUCCAAAUUA